AUGUACAAAUUGAUCGUAAUUAUAUCAAUUUUAACUACAUCAAUCUUGAUCACAAGUAUCAAUGGAUUUCUUUUUAGUCGCAAGGAAAAAUGUCAAAUAUCAGAAUAUAAAGGUGGAAAAGAUUUCAGCGGUGAAAAAAUUAUGGCAAAUAAAUCGUUUAUACCUUAUUUGAAAUCAGUUGGUGCUGUGGCCAAAGGAUGUAAAGUACGAGUACAUGUUACUGAUUCAUAUAAACAAUUGAAAACACCAACUGAAUAUGUACUUGCAUCACAAAUGCCGUUAGCUUUGGGUCGUGGUAUUCAUUUUGAUUUACAAAGUCCAAAAGGAUCAACAGUAUGCAAUAAAUUAUGUAUGACUACAGGUUCAUGGAAAACAUUUCCUGAAGCUGCUUGUUUCAUCGAUAAUGUUCAAAAGAAAGGUGUUAGAUUUACAGAACCAAAUCUUUUACACGAUGGUUAUGCAUCUACGUUAACCACAUCUGAUUUAGAAGCACUCAAAGUGGCAGCACAAAAAUUAUGUGCACCCAAAACUAAAAACACCAAAUGUUAA